AUACGCAGCUACCCAGUUGAACAACGCGCUGCUCAUGUGUACGGUCACGGCUGGAGCACUGUAGCGUAUGUCAUUGCAACGAGCUCGAAAUCUGUCAGUACUCCAUGCGCAGCAGGCUGUUGCGCGUUUUGCUGUUCGUAUAUACUAUACAGGCACGCCUGCAGUUGCGGGGUACUUCAUAGGGCCCACAGGGCCCAUGCACAGCUGCAAGGAAGCUCCAUUUUUUAAGCUCUGCUGCAACUUGCAGGACUCGUAGAGUCGCAAUGGCAUCAAUCAGAGCUUCCCGUCCCUGCCAAACAG